AACUCAAAGAUAUGCUAUAACAAUCAAAAGAUCACGAUCGGAUAUAAAUGAUGAAAUCAAAAACAUGACAUUAGGUUGUAAUAGAAGUGGUUAUUACAGAAACAGAUUAAAUUUAACAGAAAAUUCACGUCAUAGACAAACCUCUUCAAAACUUUUAAAUUGUUUAUUUAAACUCUUUGCAUCCAGAUGUAAUAACACUUGGUCUUUUGAGGUUCGAAACUCUGAACACAAUUAUCAGCCCUCUAAGGAUAUGUCUGUUAACCGAAUGGCUGCUGCUGGCUCCUGCCCACAUCAAAUUCUAUCAACAAUCCAUCUUAAUGACCUAUCCUUAAUGGCCAUAUCAAAAACAAUUUAUAAUGAACUGUAUUCUAUUCGUCAAGAAAGACUUGAUAGUCGCACACCAAUUCAAGCCCUGCUUAAUGAACUACAAGGAUCAGAUUUUGAAUUUGAAUACCAAU